AUGCCUUACGUGAAGUACAACCCUACGAAGAUUUUCACACACGAGGAAAACUUGCUCAGAGUACAAUAUCCGUUCGUCUCGGUCAACACGUUGCGUCCUGGCGAAGGACUGAGAGAGCAUCGCCAUCACAGUAACAACACCCACUUGAUCCUCCAUGGGUCCCUCAGAAUUGGCAGAUCAGUAGGGGGCCAAUUCAUCGAUCCCAAUAACACCCAUGCGCAAGGUGCUGGAGCGAGGAUCGAUAUGCCACCAAACACCAGCUACAUGGCAACCGAGAGCCAUGGGUGCAGCUUCAUCGAGGCCCAUCAACUACUGAGCCCGACAACUACUGUGAGGUUCCUUCGAAAUGGCACUUUUGUCUUGACGGACGAAGAUGAUCCGAAUGAGAAAUGGUAUGUCCAUUUGGACGAGGAGGAAACAAAUGUCCCUUUGGACGAGGAGGAAACAAAUGUCCAUUUGGACGAGGAGGAAACAAAUGUCCCUUUGGACGAGGAGGNGGAAACAAAUGUCCAUUUGGACGAGGAGGAAACAAAUGUCCCUUUGGACGAGGAGGAAACAAAUGUCCCUUUGGACGAGGAGGAAACAAAUGUCCCUUUGGACGCGGAGGAAACAAUUCGUAUCAGGGAUUGGUUGUACUUGUUGUUCUUGGCCAUCAUUUUAUGGUACUUCUUUGAUCCUGUUCGAGCUAUGUUCGGCUGA